GUGAGGAGCGACAUGGCGACUCUCUGGAGGCUGAGUGUCCUUUGCGGCUCCAGAGAAGGGCGAGCUCUGUUCCCCCGAACCCCAGUGGUCAGACCAGCUCCUGUCUCAACAUUUCUCCAGGACCGACCUGCCCAAGGAUGGUGUGGAACACAGCAUAUUCACCUGUCUGCCAGCCACCAUGCUGGUUCCAUGGCUGCAUCUCUCCACUGGACUGGUGAGAGGGUUGUCAGUGUUUUGCUCCUGGGCCUACUUCCAGCUGCUUAUUUGAAUCCUUGUUCUGCGAUGGACUACUCUCUGGCUGCAACCCUCACUCUUCACAGUCCCUGGGGCACUGGACAACUUGUUACUGACCAUGUUCACGGGGAUGCAGUGCAGAAGGCUGCCAAGACAGCCCUAUUGGUGCUCUCGGCUUUCACCUUUGCUGGACUCUGUUAUGUCAACUGUCAUGACGUGGGCAUCUGCAAAGUUGUGGCUAUGCUGUGGAAACUCUGA